AUGCUGGGCAUCGCACCAAAGGCGGCGGGCCCAUCGGCCGCGCAAGAGCAGCCAAACCUGAACGCCACAGCCGCCUCUAGUGGCGCAUCAACCAGACCGAGCGCGGCAGUCUCCGCCUCGACGACGACGACGACGACGCCGGCGCUCUCGCUCCCUUCGCUCAACGCCCUCUUUGCGCACCGCCUCCGGACGCAGCCAGACACGCCCGUCGUGUGCAUCCCCGCCCCCUCGCAACAACCGGGUGCGGACCUGGUGUACGACGAGUACUCGUACCGCCAGCUCGACCGCCUCGUCUGCCGCCUCGCCGCACAAUACUCCCCACGGCUGCCACCGCGCAGGCUGGGUCAGCCGACGCAGUGCGUCGCCUUCAUCGCCAGCAGCUCGUUUGACUUUAUCAUCAACGAGAUGGCCCUCUCUCGCCUCGGGUACUCCGUCUUCUUCCUCUCGGUCAACAAUUCGGUCGCGGCCCAGGUGCACCUCGUCAAGGCCACCAACGUCGGCCGCAUCCUCUACAGCCCAGACCAGAGGGCCUCGGCCGAACAGGUCGCCCAGCAGCUGCCCGGCGUCGAGAUCGAGGCGUGGAUCGGCCUCGGCGACCUCAGCCCGGGCACCGACGACGCCCACGACGAGCAGCAGCACCGCAUCGCAAGCCACUGGUCGCACGCCGAUGAGAGCUCCGAGACCGCCUUCAUCGUCCACUCGAGCGGAUCCACCGGCUUCCCCAAGCCCAUCUACAUUACCCACAAGGCGUCGGUGGCCAACGUCUCGAACUCGUUCCGCAAGGACGCCUUCGGCGCGGCGCCCCUCUUCCACAACUACAGCCACGCAUCGCUCUGGCGCGCCAUCUACGCCGGCACCCGCUUCUACGUCCUCAACGCCGCCGUGCUCCAGGCCGACCUUCUGGUUCGGGCCAUGCGCGGCGCGUCGGUCAAGCAGUUCUAUGCCGUGCCCUACCUGCUGAAGAUGCUCGCCGAGCACCCGGACGGCCUCGACGUGCUCCGCAAGCUCGACCUCGUCACGUUCGCCGGCAGCGCCUGCCCCUCGGAGAUCGGCAACCACCUGGUCGCCAACGGCGUCAAGCUCGUCGCCCUCUACGGCGCCACCGAGGUGGGCCAGCUCAUGACCAGCUUCCGCGACUUCGACUCGGACCCGGACUGGGACUUUGUCCGCCUCAACCCGGCCUUCCGCCCAUAUGCCGCGUUCGAAGGCGUCGGCGCCGACGGCGGAGCUCCCUACGAGCUCAUCGUCAAGCCCGGCUGGCACGCCAUGACCAAGACCAACCGUCCCGACGGCAGCUACGCCACGAGCGACCUGUUUGAGCCGCACCCGUCGAUCCCCGACGCCUACCGCUUCGUCGGCCGCUCCGACGACACCCUCGUCCACUACAACGGCGAAAAGACCAACCCGGUCCCCAUCGAGCUGGCCAUCCGCUCCAGCCCGCUCGUGGCCGACUGCCUCGUCUUUGGCGCCGGCCGCGCCCAGGCCGGCGUCCUCAUCAUCCCCUCGCCGGCGGCGCACCGCGAAGGCCAGACCGAGCUCGAGCUGCGCGACUCGAUGCUCGACGCCGUCGCCGUCGCCAACGCCGAGGCGCCCUCGCACUCGCGCAUCGUGCCCGAGAUGAUCAAGGUGCUGCCUUUCGGUUCCAAGUUCACCUCGGCCGACAAGGGCUCGCUGAUCCGCGCCAAGGCCACCCAGGCCUUCGCCGCCGAGAUCGACCAGGUCUACCAGGACUACGACACCGGCCGCGUGCUCGGCGUCGACGACAGCGACAAGGUCGCCCUCGAGUCCGAGCAGCAGGCCCUCGAGAUUGUCGCCGAAGUCGUCGGCAUCGACGGCGCCGCGCCCGGAGACGACCUCAUCGCUCUCGGCCUCGACUCGCUCGGAGCGACCCGCGUCCGCAACACGCUCCAGGCGCGAUUGCAGCUCCCUGCUCAGCUCGGCACCAACGUCGUCUUCGAGAACCCGACGAUCGCCAAGCUCGCUCACCACGUGUUUGCCUUGGCGACCAACCAGCAGAUUGACGGCGGCGCCGAUGUCCAGGCAGCGCAGCUCCAGGCCAUGGACACGCUCUACGAUGAGUGCCGCGGCAUGAUCAACGGCCCCGCGUCCGGAUCCGCCGUGGCCGCGACCGCUGCCACCAAGGGCGAGCCGGUCACUGUCGUCCUGACCGGCUCGACGGGUUCACUCGGCGCCCACAUCGUCAACCAGCUGGCGCAGCUCUCGAGCGUGGCGCGCAUCGUCUGCCUCAACCGAGCUUCGUCCGACGAGGACGCAGUGCGUCGCACCGAGGCGUCCCUCAAGGUCCGCGCCCUGCCUGACCUCGCCGAAAUCCAGAGCCAGUCGAGCGGCGUCAAGGUCGAGGCGUACGCUUCGGACCUUUCGCGAGCCGACCUCGGCCUUGCACCCUCGCUGCUCUCGACGCUGCAGUCGACGCCGGGCCUCGUCGUGAUCCACAACGGCUGGCCGGUCAACUUCAACAUGUCGGUCGAGUCGUUCCGCCCGGCCCUCGUGUCGGCCGUGCACCUCAUCAACCUGUCGCUGCAGAGCGGCGGCCGCUUCCUCUUUUCCUCGUCCGUCUCUGCCGCGACGAGGCGGAGGGGAUCGCAGGUGGUCGAGACGAUCUCGGAAGAUGUGCGGGAUGCGCAGGAGAUGGGCUACGCGCGGUCCAAAUGGAUCGUCGAGCGCCUCUGCGGCCACGUCAACCGGCUCGGCGGCGCCGCGCUCGUUCUCCGCAUCGGCCAGAUGAUCGGCGACAGCGAGCGGGGCGUCUGGAAUGAGACCGAGGCUAUUUCGCUCAUGAUCAAGAGCGGCCAGACGGUCGGCUGCCUACCUGCGCUAUCCGAGAGCGUCUCGUGGCUGCCGGUCGACCACGCCGGUUGGAUCAUCGCCAACCUCGCCGCGGCCUCGCGGGCCGACCGAGGCCAGGGCGUCGUCGCCGAGGAUGAGCAGCCGGAGGUGGUCCACGUCCUCAACCCAUCGCUCACGCCGUUCACCCAGAUCCUCGAGUACCUCGGCCCGCUGGCAUCGUCCGUCGUUCCCGUCGACGAGUGGCUCGACCGCCUGGCCCAGUCGAACCCGGACGUCACCGUCAACCCAACUUACAAGCUGCUCGGCUUCUUCACGGAGAAGUACCGACCGUCGGCCGAGUCGCUGCGUCAAUUCGAGAGCGAGGAGGGAAGGGGCAGGAGGGACGCCAAGGUGUGGCAGACGAGCAGACUUCAGAGCCUGUUCAAGGGAUUCGGAAUGGAGGCCGAGCUCGCACAGAGGUCAGCACCCGUGUCCAAGCAGACCGUGGACCGGAUCUUGGCCGUCUGGAGGAGCACUGGGUUCCUGCAGUGA